CUGUCCCACGUCUGCAGGCUGCGAGCUCAUCUGCAGCGUCUAUUCCGCCUCAACCGCGACAAAAAACCAGCUCCAACAGGCUUCCUGCACAGGUCCAUCAUGGGAAACAAGUCCAGUCGAAGGCGAGAUGUUCCAGCCGAGACGGCGGCCGCCGAGCAGAAGGCCGCAGAGGGGCCGGUGGACUCUGAAGUAGCACAAGCUCAAGAGGCCACUGAGGCGGUGGGCCUAGAUAAGGGGGCGGAGGAGGCAACAAAGGAGACCCCGGCCGCCGCAGAACCCGAACCGUCGGUGCCAGCCGAGGAACCGGCUCCUCCAGAACCAGAAGCGCCGGCUGAUCCGGCGCUCUCCCAAGAAGCUGUUCCAGAACCAGUCCAACAACCUGCGCCUGUCUCGGUUCCAGAGGCAGUGGCUAAGGCAGACCCAGAACCUGUCCCAGAACCAGAACCGGUCCCAGAGGUAGUCCCUGAGCCUGUCCCAGAACCAGAACCGGUCCCAGAGGUAGUCCCUGAGCCUGUCGCAGAACCAGAACCAGUCCCUGAGCCUGUCGCAGAACCAGAACCAGUCCCAGAGGUAGUCCCUGAGCCUGUCGCAGAACCAGAACCAGUCCCUGAGCCUGUACCAGAACCAGAACCAGUCCCAGAGGUAGUCCCUGAGCCUGUCGCAGAACCAGUCACAGAGACUAUUCCUGAACCUGAAGCUGUGGCAAUCCCAGAGCCUGAGCCUGUCUCAGAACCAGAACCGGUCCCAGAGGUAGUCCCUGAGCCUGUCCCAGAACCAGAACCGGUCCCAGAGGUAGUCCCUGAGCCUAUCCCAGAACCAGUCACAGAGACUAUUCCUGAACCUGAAGCUGUGGCAAUCCCAGAACCAGAACCCGCCGCAGAGCCAGAACCUGAACCAACGUCAGCCCCAGCCCCAGAGCCAGAACCUGAACCAGCCCCCGAGACAGAAUCAGCCUCAAGUCCUGAGCCACAAACAGAGGCAGAGCCCAUCUCAGAACCAGAACCUGUCCCUGCAGACCUGCUCAGCCAAGAGCCUCUACCUGAGCAAGCGCCCGCCCUGGCCGACGCGGACGCCCCUGAGGCCACGCCCAUCCCAGACAGCACGGCCGAGUCAUCCGACGCGCCAGCAGCUGAGCAGAGUCAGGAAAACGCUGAAGAGUCUGCAGAAAGCUCAGACUCUCCAGCGCAGCUGAUCGAGGUGGAGGCUGGAGAGAAGCUCGGGAAUGACGUGAACGAAGACAGCGUUUGUGAAAUCCUAAAGAACUUGGAGCUGAAAGGAAAUGACCUGAUUAAUGACCUCAUUCCAAGUGACGCGGAGAUUCCGGGAGACACUCCCAUCACAGACAUGUGCACGACCAACGAGCUGAUCUGAAUCCUGCAAGGGGAUUCGUAAAAGAAAUACUUCCUUUUUUUUUUCCUGUGAAACUCUUCUAACCAUUUUUAUGUGAAUUAUGAGUGGUUCAAAUCUACUUCUUAUCUCACUGUAAGUUGCCAAGUUAAGACAAAUGUGGCAAAUCCUUUCUUUGUUCAAGAAUUGUUUGAAUCAACAGUGUAAGAGGAGGCCAGAUGAACCGAAGAAUGAACUGAAAACAAUCAUAUUCCUAUACUUUUUGACACAUUUAUGCAGUCAGCUUGUGUUUUGUUGAAGGGUAAAGGGGCUUAAACAGCUCAGGGGAUCUAAGUGUAUUGUUAGACAACAGAGAUUUUCCUCUAUGCAAACCCUCCGAGAAGAAAGUAAAGAUACUGAAAGCCAGCAAGUGAGGACGGAAGAUGCAGCCACAUUUCACAAUAUGGCAGGAUAAACAUUGAUGCCUUCUAAUAAAAAAAUGUCAGGGGUUUGCAGCAAUUUUCUACAGACAGCGAUUGUCACAUUAUGGUAUUUUAAUUACACCUAAGAGAUCUUUAACUCAAGCAAUGACUUGAUUGUAAAAAUAAAAAUUGUAUUCUCCAUGUG